AUGGGUCGGCAUUCCAUGGCACACACACCUUCAGCUGACACCAAAUGCUGCGCUCAACCAGGGCUUGGCAGGCAGGUUCAUGAUGACAGCUUGCGUCGGAUUGCUGACUUGGGUGACAAGACUUUCGGACCAAACUCUAUCUAUCUAUCUAUCUAUCUAUCUAUCUAUCUAUCUAUCUAUCUAUCUAUCAGUUUAUUCAUAUCUAUCUAUCAGUUUAUUCAUAUCUAUCUAAAUGGUGCUCCGAAAGUCUUUUUCUUUUGUAUAUUUUUAUUUUUCCUUCCUUCCUUCCUUCAUUCCUUCCUUCAUUCCUUCUUUCCUUCCUUCCUUCCGUUCUUCUUGGUUUCUAUCUUCCUUCCUUCCUUCCUUCCUUCCUUCCUUCCUUCCUUCCUUGUUUCCUUCCUUCGUUCCUUCCUUCCUUCCUCCCUUCUUUCCUUCCUUCCUUGUUUCUUUCCUUCCUUCCUUCCUUCUUUCCUUACUUCCUUCUUUCCUUCCUUCCUUCCUUCCUUCCUUACUUCCUUCCUUACCUUCCUUUUUACUUGCUUCAUUUCGUUUUCCGUUCUUCCUUCUUUCCUUCCCUCCUUCUUUCUUUCCUUCUUUCCUUCAUUCUUUACUUCCUUCCUUUUUUCUCACUUCCUCCCUUCUUUCCUUCCUUGUUUCUUUCAUUCAUUCCUUCUUUCCUUCCUUCCUUCCUCCCUUGCUUCCUUCCUUCCUUCUUUAGCUUCCUUCCUUGUUUCUAUCUUCCUUCCUUCCUUCCUUCCUUCUUUCCUUCCUUCCUUCCUUCCUUCCUCCCUUCUUUCCUUCCUUCCUUCCUUCCUUUUUUAUUUCCUUCAUUUCGUUUUCCGUACUUCCUUCUUUCCCUCCCUCCUUCUUUCUUUCCUUCCUUCCUUCAUUCUUUCCUUCCUUUUUUCUCACUUCCUCCAUUCUUUCCUUUCUUCCUCCCUUCCCUCUUCUAUCCUUCCUUCCUUCCUUCCUUCCUUCGUUCUUUCCUUCCUUCCUUGUUUCUUUUUUCCUUCCUUCCUUGAUUACUUCCGUCCUUCCUUCCUUCUUUCCUUCCUUCUUUUCUCAUUUCCUCCCUUCCUUCCUUCCUUCCUUCCUUCCUUCAUUCCUUCCUUCUUUUCUCACUUCCUCCCUUCUUUCCUUCCUUCCUUCCUUCCUUCCUUCCUUCCUCCAUUCUUUCCUCCUUUCCUUCUUUUCUCACUUCCUCCCUUUUUUUCUCACUUCCUCCCUUCUUUCCUUUCUUCCUCCCUUCCCCUUUCUAUCCUUCCUUCUUUUCCUUCCUUCCUUCCUUCCUUCGUUCUUUCCUUCCUUCCUUGUUUCUUUCUUUCCUUCCUUCCUUCAUUUCUUUCUUUCCUUCCUUCCUUCAUUUCUUCCUUCCUUCCUUCCUUCGUUCCUUCCUUCCUUCCUCCAUUCCUUCGUUCCUCCUUUCCUUCUUUUCUCACUUCCUCCCUUCUUUCCUUCCUUCCUUCAUCCCUUCCCCCUUCCUUCCUUCCUUCCUUCCUUCUUUUCUCACUUCCUCCCUUCUUUUCUUUCUUUCUCCCUUCCCCUUCUAUCCUUCCUUCCUUUCCUUCUUUUCCCCCUUCCUCCCUUCUUUCCUCACUUCCCACUUCUUUCCUUCUCUUCAUUUUUCCCUUCCUUCCUUCUUUUCUUCCUUCCUUCCUUUUUUCUCACUUCAUCUCUUCUUUCCUUUCUUCCUCCCUUCCCCCUUCUAUCCUUCCUUCUUUCCUUCCUUUCCUUCCUUCCUUCGUUCUUUCCUUCCUUCUUUGUUCCUUUCUUUCCUUCCUUCCUUCCUCCCUUCCUUCCUUCCUUACUUCCUUCUAUCUUUCCUUCCUUCCUUCCUUUGUGUUUUCUGUUUGUUUCUUUCUUUCUUUGUUUUUUUUCUUUUUUUUGGUUGUUAGUUUCAUUUUUUCUUUCUUCUUUUUCCUUUUUUGUUUGUUUCUUUUAUCUAUUCUAUUUUAUUUCAUUUUUUCCUUCUUCUUUUCCUUUGUCUUUCUUUCUUUCUUUUCUCUAUUUCUAUUUCUUCCAUUUCAGCCUUUCCUUGUUAGUUUGUGUUUUUUUGUUUACUUCUUCCUUCCUUUCUUUCUUUUUUUUCCUUCUUUUGGUUGUUUCAUUCUUUCUUUCGUCUCAUUCCUUUUUUGUUUGUUUGCUUCUUUUAUCUAUUCAACUUUAUUUCAUUCUUUUCCUUCCUUCCUUCUUUCCUUCCAUCCUUACCUUCCUUCCUUGUUUCUAUGUUCCUUCCUUCCUUCCUUCCUUCUUUUCUUCCUCCCUUCCUUCCUUCCUUCCUUCCUUACUUCCUUCCUCUCUUCUUUCCUUCCUUCCUUCCUUCCUUCCUUUUUUCUUUCCUUCAUUUCGUUUUCCGUACUUCCUUCUUUCCCUCCCUCCUUCUUUCUUUCCUUCCUUCCUUCAUUCUUUCUUUCUUUCCUUCCGUCCUUCCUUUUUUCUCACUUCUUCCCUUCUUUCCUUUCUUCCUCCCUUCCCUCUUCUAUCCUUCCUUCUUUCCUUCCUUCUUUCCUUCCUUCCUUUUCUUUCUUUCUUUCUUUCUUUCGCCUUCAUUCCUUUGUUUUGUCUCUCUCUCCCUCUCUCUCCCUCUCCCUCUCCUCUCUCUCUCUCUCUCUCUGUAUCUGUCUCUCUUUCUCUCAAGAUGAUCACAAUUUCUCUCAUUUUCUUUUCCUUUCUCUCUCUCUCACUCUCUCACUCUCUCUCUCUCGCAAUCUUUUUAAUAUCGCUCCUUCUCACUUUCUCUUAACUAGAGGGGAGAGAGGCUAG